AUGGCGCGUCAGGAACCACAGCAGGAGCAGGUGGCGGCGCUGGAGGAGUCCACUGCCCGCACGGUAUCGGCACCUCGCGCCCACCGACGAAGAGGCGAGGGAAUGCGCCCGCGGACGGACCAGCCUGACGAAGGGGGGGGUUACGGGGAGAAACAUACGGAGGUGCGGGGGACACAGGGGGUGAAGGUGGCUGGUGCUGCAACGGCGGCUGAAACCAACGAUGGGGAGGCGGGUGAGAGGGCGGGGGCUGCGGGGGCUGCGGGUUCUGAGGCGGCGGUGGCGGUCGCAGAGCCUGGGGCGGCGGCUGGUGGGGGUGCGCCUGAGGUCGCCACGGCUGUUGAGAUGACGGUGGGGCGUGUGGCGGACCCGGGCCGGGCUGGCGGGACUGCCGCCGCCGCUCACGUCGGCUCAUCUUCACCCUCUGCCACCCGGACCGCAUCUCGGCUUGCUGAGGGGCGGGGGCCGGUCGCGGAGCAGGGACAGUCGGGGGAGGUGGGACUGGCGGAAUCCCCGGCAUCGGUGGCUGCGGCUGAGAUCGCUGCGGUUGUGACCGCUGCGGCGGGGGGACGGGAUAGGGAGGCGGGCGGAGUGGAAUUGACGGCGGCCGCUGCGUCCGACGGAACGUCUGCUGCGGACGAGGGCGCAGGCACGCAGGGGCACGGCCAGGCGGGGGACGGUAGACAGGACCGCGGGAAGAGCGUCGCUGCUCCCGUCGCCCGCGGGAAGAAGGGGAAGAAGCCGCGCGCCCAGCCAGCAGCGAGGCGGCCCGGAGCAGGGCUGGGGCCUGCAGCGACGGUGGUGGCGGCCGCAGCAGAGGAGAUCGCACCUCCGCAGACUGGCACCAGGCGCUCGACAAGGCUGGGGCCUAUCACCUGGGGCCCGCCACGUGGCGGACGUACACCGUGGAUGCCGGCGGGCCGAGGGGCAGGCAACGUGGCGGCGGGAAUCACUGGCGGCACUGGAAGGGGAGCGCGCGGAGGCCUGCGCGGAGGACUGUGGGGGGGACGGGGAGGGCGCAAUCCGGUCGUCAGAUCUGAUGUGCCUGUAAGGACUGGCCCUUGGCGGGAACGCCACGAUAGGCCGGAAAUACUGGAGGCCGGGGCGAAUGAGGAGCGAGACGCAUUUGACAACUGCAGAGAUGACCCAGAGUUUAUGGGUGGUGAGGAGGAGGAGUCCGAGGAAAUCUCUUUGGAUGAGGAGCAUGAACCGGGCAGGAGAGCCACACAGAGUCGAGGGGGUGCAGCGGCAGGGGGAAAUAUCCAAGAUAAUCCGGGGGGGGGAGAACAACCAGCUACGGAGGACACUGAUGUGCCAUCCCCUGCCGACCUGGCUGGCGAUGACGCCAUCUGGCUGGCUGCAGGGGCAUGGAAUGUGCACAUCCUUCAGAAGGGGGAACAGCCUUUCCUGGUCCGCCGCUUACCACCCCAGAUUCUGGACAGAUACACUCUGUGCAUGCUGGCCGCACUUCAUCGCCUGGACAAGAACCCGAGCUGCCUAGGUGGCUGGUUGGUGCUUCAAUUCCUACCGAGGCUCACGCUCAGGCCCGCUCCCGAACCUGUUACUGGGAGCCGCUGGACACACAUCGAGGCGCGCCUUCACAAAUUUCAAAAGGGCGAGUGGGUUGACCUUUACGAGGAAGCCGGGGUCAUCCCCGACAUAGGAGGGGCCGCCGGCAGCAGAGCGGGAGCCGCCGGGUCCGCGCCAGGAGGCGCAACCAUCAGAGCCGGGUCGACAGUGGUGGCGGACGCCGCCUUCGGGGAAGAAGCAGACGCCGGCGCAGGCACGUCGGGGACAGAAGCGGCCGGUGCAACGAGUGCGCCAAGGGCAGGAACAGAGCGAGCAGCAGCUUCCCCAGCAGGCGCAGACGCCACCGGCGCAACCACGGGAGCCAGGGGCACGGGAGCAGCAGGCGGAGCGGGCGGAGCUUCAACAGGAGCAGACGGGCCAGCCUCUACCACGCCAAGGGGAGCCGCGGGUGCGGGGGGAAGAGUCUUUUCAGCGUCUGCUGUCGCGGCAAGCGGGGUUGGCGGAGGUCCAGAGAACGGAUACCAGGCAGCGGCAAGGGCAGCUUUAACCAACUUAGACACAGCUAAUGAGGAUGACGAGCGGCAGGAUCCCUCUUAUAGGGAAGAAGCAACACCUGAUAGCGAGGGCGAAGAGACAGAGGAGGAGGAAGGUGGGGCGAGGGAGAACCCUGGGAGAAUGGAAGCAGUGGAGGAGCAAGCACGCGUGGACACGCCCCAGGAGACACGCACACCGCCCGAUGCCGAUGACGGAGGAGCUUCCAACCUCCGCCUCCCAGGCGCGAGCUGGUCGUACUAG